CUUGCGCCGCAGCCGAGCACUCCGCAGUCGCCAAGCACUCUGCAGCCGAGCGCGCACCGGGGUCCAGCCGCGGCGCGUAGAGGUGGUGCCGGAGCGCGGGGCGCGCCAAGGGACGGUAGCCGCGGGACAGCGCCCGCCCAGCAGCCUCCCCAGAGCAGCCGCCGCGGGAGCCCCGCAGCCUCGCGGAGGGCCCGCGUCCCGGAGCGUCCCCGGAGAGGGAGAACGAAGAGGCGGCUGAGUGGCGCCCGGCAAGCCGGAGACGAUGGCCAAAAUGGAGGUGAAAACGUCACUUCUGGACAAUAUGAUUGGAGUUGGAGAUAUGGUUCUUUUAGAACCACUCAAUGAGGAGACCUUUAUCAAUAACCUCAAGAAGCGCUUUGACCAUAAUGAAAUAUAUACGUACAUUGGAAGUGUGGUUAUAUCUGUUAACCCAUACCGGUCAUUGCCCAUUUAUUCUCCAGAGAAAGUGGAAGAUUACAGGAAUAGAAAUUUUUAUGAGCUGAGCCCUCACAUCUUUGCCCUGUCAGAUGAAGCAUACAGAUCCCUGCGAGAUCAAGAUAAAGACCAGUGUAUUCUCAUUACUGGGGAAAGCGGAGCAGGAAAAACAGAGGCCAGCAAGCUUGUGAUGUCCUACGUCGCAGCCGUCUGUGGAAAAGGAGCAGAAGUUAAUCAAGUCAAAGAACAGCUUUUACAGUCCAACCCAGUCCUGGAAGCUUUUGGAAAUGCCAAGACUGUAAGGAAUGACAACUCCUCUAGAUUUGGCAAAUAUAUGGAUAUUGAAUUUGAUUUUAAAGGUGAUCCACUGGGAGGAGUGAUUAGUAACUAUCUUUUAGAGAAAUCUCGAGUUGUUAAGCAGCCAAGGGGUGAAAGAAACUUCCAUGUGUUCUAUCAGCUGCUCUCUGGUGCCUCUGAAGAGCUCCUCAAUAAACUUAAACUCGAGCGGGAUUUCAGCAGAUAUAACUACCUGAGUCUGGACUCUGCCAAAGUUAAUGGAGUGGAUGAUGCAGCAAAUUUCAGAACUGUUAGGAAUGCCAUGCAGAUUGUGGGUUUCAUGGAUCAUGAGGCUGAGUCUGUCCUGGAAGUGGUGGCCGCCGUGUUGAAACUGGGGAACAUUGAGUUCAAACCUGAAUCUCGAGUAAAUGGUUUAGAUGAAAGCAAAAUCAAAGAUAAAAAUGAGUUAAAAGAAAUUUGUGAAUUGACUGGCAUUGACCAGUCAGUUCUAGAACGAGCAUUCAGUUUCCGAACAGUUGAGGCCAAGCAGGAGAAAGUUUCAACUACACUGAACGUGGCUCAGGCGUAUUAUGCCCGUGAUGCUCUGGCUAAAAACCUCUACAGCAGGCUGUUUUCAUGGUUGGUAAAUCGAAUCAAUGAAAGCAUCAAGGCACAAACAAAAGUGAGAAAGAAGGUCAUGGGUGUUUUGGACAUUUAUGGCUUUGAAAUUUUUGAGGACAACAGCUUUGAGCAGUUCAUUAUUAAUUAUUGUAAUGAAAAGCUGCAACAAAUCUUCAUUGAACUGACCCUUAAAGAAGAGCAGGAGGAGUAUAUACGGGAGGACAUAGAAUGGACUCACAUCGACUACUUCAAUAACGCUAUCAUUUGUGACCUAAUCGAAAAUCACACAAAUGGGAUCCUGGCCAUGCUGGAUGAAGAGUGCCUGAGGCCUGGCACGGUCACUGAUGAGACCUUCUUAGAAAAGCUGAACCAAGUCUGUGCCACCCACCAGCACUUUGAGAGCAGGAUGAGCAAGUGUUCUCGCUUCCUCAAUGACACGUCCCUGCCUCACAGCUGUUUCAGAAUUCAGCAUUACGCUGGCAAGGUGCUGUACCAGGUGGAAGGAUUUGUUGACAAAAACAAUGACCUUCUCUACAGAGACCUGUCCCAAGCCAUGUGGAAAGCUGGCCAUGCCCUUAUUAAGUCUUUAUUCCCUGAAGGGAACCCUGCCAAGAUCAACCUGAAAAGACCUCCUACGGCGGGCUCACAGUUCAAGGCAUCUGUGGCCACUUUGAUGAAAAACCUGCAGACCAAGAAUCCAAACUACAUUAGGUGUAUCAAACCGAAUGAUAAAAAGGCAGCACAUAUCUUCAAUGAGGCUCUAGUAUGUCAUCAGAUCAGGUACCUGGGUCUCUUGGAGAACGUCCGAGUGAGGAGGGCCGGCUAUGCCUUCAGGCAGGCCUAUGAACCUUGCCUAGAAAGAUACAAAAUGCUUUGUAAGCAAACAUGGCCUCACUGGAAAGGACCAGCAAGGGCUGGUGUGGAGGUUCUGUUUAAUGAAUUAGAGAUUCCUGUGGAAGAAUACUCUUUUGGUAGAUCAAAGAUUUUCAUCCGAAACCCAAGAACAUUAUUCAAAUUAGAGGACCUGAGGAAGCAAAGGCUUGAGGACUUGGCCACUCUCAUUCAGAAGAUUUAUCGGGGGUGGAAAUGCCGCACACACUUCCUGCUAAUGAGAAAAAGCCAAAUCGUGAUUGCUGCCUGGUACAGGAGAUACGCUCAACAAAAGAGGUAUCAACAGAUAAAGAGUUCUGCCUUGGUAAUUCAGUCUUAUAUCCGGGGUUGGAAGGCCAGAAAAAUCCUGCGGGAACUGAAGCAUCAAAAGCGCUGUGAGGAAGCAGCUACCACCAUUGCUGCCUAUUGGCAUGGUACCCAGGCGCGAAGGGAACUGAGCCGGCUGAAGGAGGAGGCUAGGAAUAAACAUGCUAUUGCAGUAAUUUGGGCUUACUGGCUUGGAUCUAAGGCUCGAAGGGAGUUGAAACGCUUGAAGGAGGAGGCUAGGCGUAAGCAUGCAGUUGCUGUCAUUUGGGCUUACUGGCUUGGACUGAAGGUACGUAGGGAGUACAGGAAAUUCUUCAGAGCCAACGCUGGAAAGAAAAUUUAUGAAUUUACAAUUCAGCGAAUUAUGCAAAAAUACUUCUUGGAAAUGAAAAAUAAGAUGCCUUCCUUAUCUCCAAUAGACAAGAAUUGGCCAUCAAGACCUUACCUAUUCUUGGAUUCUACUCACAAGGAGCUAAAAAGGAUUUUCCACUUGUGGAGGUGUAAAAAAUACAGGGAUCAAUUCACAGACCAGCAGAAACUUAUUUAUGAAGAGAAACUGGAAGCCAGUGAACUCUUCAAAGACAAGAAGGCUUUAUACCCAUCUAGCGUUGGGCAACCAUUCCAAGGGGCUUAUCUGGAAAUCAAUAAGAAUCCCAAGUAUAAGAAACUCCAAGAUGCCAUUGAAGAAAAGAUUAUCAUUGCUGAAGUUGUGAACAAAAUUAACCGUGCAAAUGGGAAGGUAAAAACGCUAAUUAACCCUGAAGAACUGCAAGAAGUGUUUAUCAUUUGGGACAAUCAUCUUCAGUUUUCUGACUGUUAAAAUUUAUAUUUCUUAUUCUCAACAGGGUUACUG